GGCUAUACCUAAUAAAUGAACUUGAACCUCGGGAUCACCUCCUCACCUCAAGGUCAUCUCGGGGUCACCUCGUUACCUCGGGGUCACCUCGUCACCUCGGGGUCACCUCACCUCAAGGUCAUCUCGGGGUCACCUCGUCACCUCGGGGUCACCUCGUCGUCACCUCGGGGUCACCUCGUCACCUCAGGGUCACCUCGGGGUCACCUCGUCACCCCCCUCUCGCCACACGGCGGCAGCCAUGGCCGGGUGCGAGUGACGCUGGCUGCCGUCCCCAACCCAACUCGGACUCAAACCCUCGCUCAGAGAGGCUACAUCUCACUGCCCGCGGAGCGCAAGGUUUCACCGCCGCUAAACCCAGAGCAGGUGGAUGGGAUCCUGCGCACGGACGAGUUUGAGUGUGAGCUGGAGCGGGAGUUCCGCGGGGGGACUGUGCUCAGCCUCCACAGCAACCAGCUAGCGGCGAACACCCCCGUGGAGGACCGGCGCACCGCCGCCACCUGCCUGCACACGGGAGGGCUUCUGGUGGGCGUCUUCGACGGCCAUGGUGGCUCCACUUGCGCGCAGGCAGUGAGCGAGCGCCUCUUUGGUUACGUGGCGUCGGCGCUGCUGCCCCAGCACACUCUGCUUAACUUGGAGGCGGCCGCUGAGGCCCGCGAGGCCGCACUGCAGGAGGGCGGCUGGGCUCUGCUGAGCUCCGAGCUGGGUCAGGCGCAGGGCCAGGGCCUGGCGUACCUCCCGGCGCCGCCGGAGCUGCUGCGCUGGCACGGCCCGGCACCUGGCGGCACGGCAAGGACGCACUACAGCGAGAGCCUGCGCACGUUCUGGCAGGAGCUUAUCGACCUGGACAACGGGGAGGGCCUCGGAGUGCGCGACGCGCUCAUCACCGCGUUCAAGAGACUGGACUCGGAUAUCUCGCUGGAGGCGCAGGUGCCGUGGGAGCACCCAUCGCUGGCACGCAAAGCCCGGCGCACAGCCUUCUCAGGCUGCACGGCGUGCGUGGCGCACGUGCACGGGCCUGACCUCCACGUCGCCAAUGUGGGCGAUAGCCGCGCCGUGCUGGGCGUGCGCCGCACUGACGGCUCCUGGAGCGCCCUCUCGCUCACCAACGACCACUCGGCGCAGAAUGAGAAGGAGGUCGCCAGGCUGCGUGCGGAGCACCCCAUGAAGGAGCGCAAGACGGUGGUGCGUGGGGGGCGGCUGCUCGGGCUGCUGAUGCCGACGCGUGCGUUCGGCGAUGUGAGGUUCAAGUGGAGUGUGGAGCUUCAGCGGCGCGUGCUGGACGAGACGGGCUACGCCGGGCGCCAGUAUUUCUUCCCGCCCAACUACCACACGCCGCCGUACCUCACCGCCAAGCCCGAGAUCACGCACCAUAGGCUGCGCCCGCAGGACGAGUUUGUGGUGCUGGCCACGGACGGCCUGUGGGAGGUGAUGCACCGCCAGGAGGUGGUGCGGCUCGUGGGCGAGCACCUGGACCGUGCACCAUCGCGCCCCGCACUCCAGCCGUUGCCACGGGGACGCCCCCUCACGCUCGCCGACAUGCUUGCCCUGCUGCAGGCCCGUAAGGCCGCCCUGGCCCCCACGGACGGCUGGGACCGCAACCCGGCGACCUUGCUUGUGCGGCAUGCGGUGGGGCGUGGCGAGUGGGGUGGCGUGGAGCCCGACCUGCUGGCGCGCAUGCUGGCACUGCCCGAGGACAUGGCGCGCCUUCACCGUGACGACAUCACGCUCACAGUGCUCCGCAUUGACACGCGCGCCGCCGGACGCUACCACCACCACGCCCGCGACGAGGCCGAGGAUGACGACGAGGACGACGAUCAGAUGGGACGUGCUUAGGUGGGGUCCCUGCGACUCAAAAUAAAACGUCGUUCGAACUGUGGAUUUGUACUCGGGCCACUGGUCCUGGGCUGUCUGGCACGAGUUGGAAGCUCCAUUCUGCUGCUCCUAUGGUCUGACACCUCCUCCAGCCGUCCGUACUGUCAUCUUCUUGCCCCUGUUCGAAGUCCAGGUUUAAGAGCCUUUUUUACUCUGCCUAUCACCAACAGCCUCUGUAUAAACAAAAUAUAUACACACACUGCUUCUGUACAGUGUUUUGAUUCAUAGACGAAAUAUAAAUAAUACACAUUGUACAUUUGAUCUGUGAGAGAUGAAGUCGCACAAUUGUAAUUUUAGCACUUUAGUGGCAUCACUCUGAAGUCCCUCCCAUUUCAGCGCAUCAAUCAAACGAUUAUUGCAGCACGACAAUGCUGUUGCCUGACCAUAACUUUUGGAGACGUUUUUAUCUUGUGAACAAAACGUCAAAACUGUGUCUGACAGCCCAGGACACACAGCCUAGGUACGGCUCUACAAUCUCCAUUUAUUUUACUGCGUCGUCCGCGAUCAUGCACACGCACACUCCGUUGGGGUGGUUGCACAAGUGGGUAACUGACGAUUUCAGAACAAAGCCAGGAGCGGAGCUGGCGGCUGGUAGUAGUGGUGCAAAGCGCAACCAUGGGUGACCCAGCGAUGGCAGCACUGCUACUGCCACCAUGCACGGCCAACGUCAGUGCACAUCGUUAAGGAAAACUAAACCCCCGUGCGCGCCGGUCUGUGACAAUGCCGCAAAUGAGAGAGUUUUAAAGCGCACAGACCCGAAGAACGUUUAUCGAUGAACGACAGAUGUUGCACUGAGCGCAACUGUCUGUAACGUCACGCAACUGUCUGUAACGUCACUUUGCCUUUUUAGAGGUGUUCUGGAGUUUGUGUUUGAUAUUUUAGCGAGUUUUGUGUAUCGUAAGUGGCACCUGUAAAGCAAAAAGGGAAUCGCAAUGACGACUUCUAAAAUGCUGCCGUUUAACACACAACAAUGUCACAAUUGCUCGAAUGUAUCCAAAUGAAACUUUUUUAAGCACGUAUUUUUCGGUAGUGGGUUUGCAGACUUUCGUUUGAAAAUGUUUGCGCAGCGUCAGACUGAAUGAAGAUACACGGCAGCGGGAUGCAAGCCACGUCGCGCUCUGCGGUUAUUCAUAUUUAAAGUGGCCGCACAAACUUUACUAUGAAGACAGUUUGGAAUCUCAUAUUUAUUUUUGUCAUUUGGAUGUGGAUUUGUGUAAAGGUUGGCGAUGCUUAUAAAAUGACGAUGGACUGUU